AUGGGACCUGGUGUAGAUAAACCUACCUACCUGCACCUGAGGGACAAGGGACACUCCUUUGAGGACAACAAUAGUGUGACUCUCUCUAAGAAAAACAUCUGUGCUCUUAAAGGGACAUAUGUGGACAUUCCCUGCACUUACACAGUGAAUGGUUACUCAGUCCAAAGUAAAGAGUGGUACAGGACUCAAACCUCUGGAGGGUGGGGUAGAGAUCUGAGAACAGACCCCGAGUACAAGACACGUGUGAAGUAUGAUGACUGGAACUGUGAGCUGAGAAUCAAAUCACUGAGACUGAGUGACUCUGGAGUGUAUAACAUUAGAUUUAAAACAUGGAAUAGUGACUGGAUAUCUGGUCCAUCUGGGGUUAAGCUGUCUGUGUCAGAUCUCCUGGUGAAGGUAACAACAGAGGUAGAAUGGUUUGUGAAACUGACCUGUAGCAUCACCUGUUCACCAUACCCAAGAUUACAGUAUGACUGGUACAAGAAUGGAUAUUUUGAGAGGUCAUCCUCUGAUUCCAUCUUAUUACACAAGGACACCAGCUGGGAUGAUGGCAGUUACUUCUGUUCUGUUCGUAACCAGAAAAACAUACGAUCUCCUGAAGUGUGCAUUGGACAGAAGUGUUGGAGUAUCACUUACAGUCAUGAGAAUAUUUGUGCUUUGAGAGGCUCAUCAGUGGACCUGUCCUGUUCUUACACAUACCCAGCCUGGCACACAGUGACUACAACUCUGUGGUUUAAUACUGAACAGUACUGGGUAGAGCCCACAGACCUGAGUCUGGAUGAAGACUAUGAGGGUCGUGUGGAGUUCAGAGGAGACAAAAAGAGUGACUGCACUCUGAGAAUAAGAGAUCUGAGAGAGAGUGAUGCACGAAAUUAUAAAUUCAGAUUUUUGACCAACCAGGAAGGAGGAAAAUAUUCAGCAAAAACUGGAGUCAGUUUGUCCAUAACAGAUCUAAAGGUGGAGAUCAAAGAUAAUUCUUGGAGAAGGACACUGACCUGUAAAACAUCCUGCUCUCUGAGUAACAACCCCACAUUCAUCUGGUACAAGAACGGACAGCCUUACAGAACUUACGGAAACACCCAGACAAUAUACCUGUCUAACACUGCGGAUGGCAGCUACUCCUGUGCAGUUAAAGAAUUUGAGGGCUUACGUUCUCCUGCAGUUUAUCCCCCAAAGAACACUAGAGCUUCCAUAAAUUCCUCUGGUGAAAUAGUGGAGGGCAGUCCAGUGACUCUGAUCUGCAGCAGUGAUGCCAACCCACCAGUUCACACAUACACCUGGUAUAAGAAGAAUGGAGCUGAACCCUCACCGAUGGGAUCAGGACAGAAUUUCAGCAUCACUAACAUCAGCUCUGAGGACAGUGGACAGUAUUACUGCAAAGCAAAGAAUAUUUUAGGACCAGAGAACUCAACCUUAAUCACAAUUGACGUGUUAUGUGAGUGA